UAUUGUCUUUCUUUCCCAAACCUAAAUCAAAAUACAGGUGCUCAUCGGCGACAUAUUUCAUACCAUGACACAACCAGAAGCUAGCGCACCAUCAGUAGCAUAUGCUCAUCCCGCUGUUGCGGUUGUCAGCCCUCACUUCUGCAGCCCCUACCCCAUGGAUAUUGCAAUUGUUAGAAAACUUCUAACCAUAACCCAUGGCAGCUUUGUAGUCACUGAUGUCAAUGGCAACAUCAUUUUGAAAGUCAAAGGAGAUCAUUUACUUGACACGGCUGGUUAUCCCAUUCUCACUCUAAGACAGAAGUUGAUGUCUGCGCAUGAGAGAUGGCAAGUUUUUAGGGGGAAAAGCACAAAAUCCAGGGAUCUGAUUUUUAGUACUAAGAGAUCUUCAAUGGUCCAAUUUUACACCAAAUUAGAUGUUUUCUUAGCACAUAACAAAACAGAGAAGGUACCUGACUUCAAGGUCAAAGGAAGUUGGUCUGAAAAAUCCUGCGUCGUAUAUGCUGGGGACGACUCCACCAUUGUUGCCCAAAUGCAUAAGAAGCGCACAGUUAAAAGUGAGUUGCUUGGAAAGGACCAUUUCAUGGUGACAGUGUAUCCUGGGAUUGAUUAUGCAUUCAUCGUCGCGCUUAUUGUCAUUCUUGAUGAGAUUAACACUGCUAGUAUUCCUACUGUUCCAACUUAAUGUAUCAAGGAUUAGGAUCAUGAAUUGAUUAGUUUAGAUCCACUUCUUACUUUAUUUAGGAAACGACGCAUGUUUGUCCCUUUGGCCUAAUUUAUUCAUUCAUACUCAUGAUGGGCAUUGUAAACAUGUUGGAUUUUUUUCUUUAAAGAAGUUUUGU